CUCCAGCUCUCCCUGGCCCGCAAGGUGGCCGACAAGGUGCUGGAGGGGCAGCUCCUGGAGACCAUCAGUCAACUCUACCUGUCCUGGGCAACAAGCGGGCCUGCAGAUCUGCUCUGGACUACACCAAACGAAGUCUGGGGAUUUUCAUUGACCUCCAGAAGAAAGAGAAGGAGGCGCAUGCCUGGCUGCAAGCAGGGAAGAUCUAUUACAUCCUGCGGCAGAGCGAGCUGGUGGACCUGUACAUCCAGGUGGCACAGAAUGUGGUCCUGUACACAGGCGACCCCAGCCUGGGGCUGCAGCUGUUUGAGGCAGCUGGAGACAUCUUCUUCAAUGGGGCCUGGGAGCGGGAGAAAGCCGUGUCCUUCUACCGGGACCGGGUCCUGGCCCUGGCCCUGGCAGUGACUACGGGCAACUGCAAGGCGGAGCUGCAGCUACAGCUGUGCAAAAAGCUGGUGGCACUCCUGGCCACACUGGAGAAGCCCCAGGAUGGCUUGGAGUUUGCCUACAUGGCCCUAGCACUCAGCAUCACUCUGGGGGACCGGCUGAACGAGCACGUGGCCUACCACUGGCUGGCUGUCCUGCACCAUCAGCUGGGCCAGGGCAAGCUGGCAGAGCAGUUCUACCUCAAGGCCCUGUAGCUCUGCAACUCGCCACUGGAGUUCGACGAGGAGACCCUCUACUACGUGAAGGUGUACCUGGUGCUCGGUGACAUCAUCUUCUAUGACCUGAAGGACCCGUUUGAGUACUACCAGCUGGCACUGGCAGCCGCCGUGGACCUGGGCAACAAGAAGGCACAGCUGAAGAUCUACACGCGGCCGGCCACCGUCUCCCACAACUUCCUCCUGGACCGUGAGAAGUCGCUCCUCUUCUACCAGAAGGCCAGGACCUUCGCCACAGAGCUCAACGUCCGCAGGGUCAACCUGCCUCCUCUGCCACUCUGCGGGUGGGCCCCCUGGUUGGCCCCCAGCCACCCUCGCUGAGGACAGCAUCCGAGGGAGUGGGUUUUGUGCAAGGAGGAUGGUCUCCUCCCUCUCCUGGUGUCUCCCGUGGCUCAUUUUCUGGGAAAUGGGGCAUGAAAGCAGGGUUCAAAUAGCAAUAAAUUUUUCUUUGCAAUAACA